CUAUUGAUCCGAGCGGACUCCAUGUUGUUCCGUCAGCUUCAGAGCGAACAAGUGCUCUGGAAAACUCUCACGUUGCUGCUCUCUGUGCCCGUCAAGUAAAACUUAUUGCAUAGUCUCACUGAGCGUGUUGAAGCUCCAGAAAAAGAUGGCAGACUACCGGGACGACAACGGUGCUCGGGCCCUGCUUGCAUUACAGUCGGCGCCGUGCAGCCCUGUGCGCGUUGCGGUGACCUCUCACUCCUAUCACCAGCCCUCGCUCGCCAUCCUGGGUCCUCCGCUAAUGGAAGCUCGCGGGGUCGCCGGUGGUUUCCCCGUGAGGCUCUCCUCGACUCCUCCGCAGGCCCUGGCUAGGCUCGAGGGCCGGGAUUUCGAGUUUGUCAUGCGCCAGAGGACGGUGACCAUAGGCCGGAAUUCAUCCCACGGCUCUGUGGACAUCAACAUGGGUCACUCGAGUUUCAUUUCAAGGCGACACUUGCAAAUUACCUACGACGACGCGAGCGGCUUCUCCCUGCGGUGCCUGGGCAAGAACGGUGUGUUUGUUGACGGAGUGUUUCAGCGGAGAGGAGCGCCGCCGCUUCCGCUGCCCAGAGAGUGUAUGUUUCGGUUUCCCAGUACAGUCAUCAAGAUCCAGUUUACAUCCCUCCUGGAAGUGGAAAAGCACAUGAAGGAACAGCCUUCUCCUCCCCCUCGCCCGCUUCUUCCCCACAUCUCCCCUCUUAAAAUCAGCAUUCCCACCGCGCAGCAGCAUGAAGAGCACAUCAGGGCGUUCGGAUCCCCACUGCCAUCACCCACCGGCACAAUCAGUGUUCCCAACUCCUGUCCUGCUAGCCCUCGCGGGGCAGGGUCAUCAGGGUAUCGCUUUGGACGCAAUGUGACCUCUGACCUCCAGUUAGCUGCCGAAUACGCUGCGAAGGCUGUAUCUGAGCGUGGGCGAAAUCUUGCUGAGCACAGAGCUGGGGGAGGUGAGCAGCGUGUGGAGUCCGUGGGAGGAGACAGUCCCAAGGAUGAGUCCAAGCCUCCGUAUUCCUACGCACAGCUGAUAGUCCAGGCUAUCUCUUCGGCUCCAGACAAACAACUAACUCUCAGUGGGAUUUAUGCCCACAUCACCAAACACUACCCCUACUAUCGCACUGCAGACAAGGGUUGGCAGAACUCAAUAAGACAUAAUCUGUCUUUGAACCGCUACUUCCUGAAAGUGGCCCGCUCUCAGGAUGAGCCUGGAAAAGGAAGCUUUUGGAGAAUUGAUUCUGCCUCUGAGAGCAAGCUGGUGGAACAGUCCUUUAGGAAAAGAAGGCAGAGAGGAGUGGCUUGCUUCAGAACUCCUUUCGGACCUUUGUCAUCAAGAACCAAGAGUGCACCUGCAUCUCCAACCCAUCAGGGGCUUCUGUCCCCCCCAUCCAGUGGGCUGCAGACUCCUGAAUGUCUAAGCAGAGAGGGGUCUCCUAUCCCUCAUGACCACCAUGAGCAGCUGGCCAGCAAACUAGCAUCUGUGCCAGAGUAUAGGUAUUCUCAAAGCGCCCCAGGCUCUCCAGUCAGCAGUCAGCCUGUCAUCAUGGCCGCUCCCCCUCAUCCCACCGUCCUGAAGCCCAUUCACAUGCUUCAAAGCGCCCCUCAGUCCUCUGUCACCAUGCUGAGGGUGGUGACCAGCGCCCCUCCAUGUUCCAACCCCCCUAAUGGGUACAGCACUGUUGGAGGACUGGAGAGCAACGAUAUUAGAGAAGCCCAGCAGAACAGAGAGCUGGUGAUCCAGACCUUGGAUAGUGUGGUGCAAGCUGGAGACGGACGCUACAUCACCCCAGGUCUGCACCAACUGCCUGUCCGCCCCGUUACCCAGAAUGGCAAGCACACCACUACUGCUGUUUCCACAGCAACCAGCUUUGCUAAUUCAUCUGGCCUGAACAGUCCUCUACAGAUCCUAGCAGCCCAGGCAUCCAGCUCCCCCCCGGUGCUGGUGAGCAGGCAGCCUAGUGGAGAGGCCUCUUGUGAGUCGCCGGCCAAGCGGCCAAAGAUGGAGGAUGAAGGAGAGACUGAAUCUGCUCAGCAUCAAGUUACAUCUGCCCAGCAGCCUGUUAUUGUUGCAAUGUCGUCUCAAACCCAUGAGCCUCGGCAAUGAACCCUAAGUUGUCGCACGCUCCAGUUAUCCAAUGGGCAUCCUCUCUGUCAUCUUCUAAAUGUUUUGCCUUUUCACAUUAAUGUGACUGUAGGUGCAGCCAGCUUGUUGGAAGAGAAAUGAAUAGAUUAUGGUCAGAGCGACUUAAAAUGUAUAUAUGUUCUACAUUUUAAAAAGCAAGUAAAUUGGCUUCAGCCUGUUUCUCCUAUUAAAGGAUAGUGAGGAUAGUUAGGCCUAAUAUGCAAAUGUUUAAGCACUACUUUACCUUCUGAACGUUGGAGAUGUAUCUAAUGCGCCAUGAUGUAACUCAAGCCAAAGAGCCAAUCUUGACUGCUACAUUGGUUAGUUAGUGCCUGCUUUAAAUACAAAAACUCAGAGGAUAUAGAAGCCUGUGGAAGAUGGCAGCACAUACCCAAAACCAGGCUUAUGACCCCUUGGAUACUGAAACUAGUUUUAUUUUUUGUUCAGUUUUCUUUUCUUAAAUAAGAUAUAUUCUUAGAUAGUGAAAUGAGCAAAACAGGUGUUUCAAAAUAUUAAAAAGAUGGACAUUAACUUUCAGGCAAAGACCAGAAUGUAAUACCUCUUGCCUUCUCUGUCAAGCAAAAUAAUAAAAAAAAAAAGCAGAUGUUGGGGAAAUCCAGGAAGGACGAGCCAGCAGUUUCUCAGCAUGAAGCUUCUCAGAUUCAGGUGGAUCAGAUGAACCGGGGCGGCAGUGUCGUGCAGAGAGGGGCAAAAAGAGGCAGCUACUGGAGGUUGACUGAAGUGGAAUGCUAACCUAAUGUAGACAAACUGAUUGUUUUCCAGUUGUUUGGUUUGUGUAGUGGUAUGGGGAGAAGUGAAACGGCCUCUGUGCAGAUUUGUUUUAGCACAAAUAGGCAUUGUUGUAAUAAUCAAAGCCUUAAAAUAUUUCUACUUUUCAGAAAUGUCAUUUUAGCCUGUAGACGGCUUCACUGUUUUAGGCUAACAUAGCGCUUCAACAGUCCAAGAUCAGCAACACUACGACGGCAGCAGUUAUGCUGCAUCAGUGUACUUGCUAAAGUUUUCUUAGAAAUAAAAAAAGGGCGGGACCAACUCAUGACCAGGAAUUAUAACUGUUCUCAGCUUUCUUUCUUCACAAUACUUCUGAUAUAUUCUCUACUUCCAGCUUGCUUUUCUCGCUCUCUUCAUUGACAGUUUUUCUUUUAGUUUCCUGUCACAGACGCUGCAUAAUUCGAUUUUCUCUAGCACUUUCUCCCCCGCUUUUUUUCUCAUCACUCUGCCUUUAGCACCUCUGAAUGUCCUCUUGUAGGCUUCAGACUCAAAAUUUCAGUGAUUGUUGUUGCACAAUAAGAAAAGACGGUUGCAUUAUGAUUGUAUGCUGCGCUAUCUGCUAAA